CAUUCGGUCGUUCACGCUCGAACAGUUCCACUUGUGGCUGAUGUUUCAUCGUGCCGACUAGGCAGGGCCAGUCCAGACUCGAUCCUACUUCUUCCGAAGAGAAUCUCUCGAGGUUCAGGAGAGGGCCCAGCGGAAGAAUUGAAGUGUGCUUCCGCUUUUAGGUCAACGAUGGCGGUAAUCGAUCAGGUGAAGAUCUACUCAGCCGUUUUCGGCGGUUUGUCCCUCUCGUGUUUGAUCCUCCCUUACGUGUGGACCUAUGUGCAAAUUACUGGAGCCUUGUGCAUCCUGUGUAUGCUCGCCCGGAGGAUAACAACCGAAUAUAAUCGACAAAGGGGCAAGAAGCCGGUCAACCCACGGGACAAGGCCGUGUUCAUCACGGGUUGCGAUUCCGGAUUCGGCUUCGAACUGGUCCGCCGUCUCGACAAAAUCGGAUACAAGGUUUUCGCGGGAUGUUUGUUCCCUGAAGGCGAUGGUGCUAACAAUCUCAAAAAGAUGACUUCGAAUGAGGUGACAAUCGUUCCCCUCGACGUGACGAAAGACGAAUCGGUCAACGCUGCAUACGAGACCGUAUCGAAAUCACUGAAGAACAAGAGUUGUCUUGAUCUUGAAAAUGAGCUUCUAUCCCCAACAGAAUUGUGGGCCGUCGUCGGCAACGCGGGAGUCUGUUACGCUGGAGAAGUUGAAUGGGGAUCGUUGGACUGGCUCCAGAGAACCUUCGACGUCAACGUCAUAGGCCUCGUGAGAUCUGUUCGACCCUUCCUUCCCCUCCUCAGGCAGAGCAAGGGACGUGUUCUGUGCACGACUUCUCUGUGGGGACACUACGCGAUCCCUCCGGCUGUCCCGUACUGCAUGUCGAAGGCCGCCGCGCGUUACUUUGUAGAUGGGCUACGACGAGAAAUGAAGAAAUUCGGAGUCAAGUGCAUUUCAAUGGAGCCAAAUGUUUACAAGACCAACCUCACCGACGACAAUCUCCUCAUCCAAUUCAUGCAGAAGUCGUGGGAUUCGACUCCCGAUUCGAUCAAGAGAGAUUACGGGGAGGCUUACUUCAAGAAAGCCUGUGAAUACCUCUCGGCGCACAUAAGCGCCGGUCGCACACAGGUUUCGGAAGUCGUGGACGACUUUGUCGAAGCGGUUACUGCAACUCAUCCGAAAUACGCUUAUCACCCCGAUGGAUGGCUGAGAGGCUUGAGCUGGCGUCUGGCUCUGUUGGCGCCUCCCGCACUGCAGGAUGAAAUCAUUAACUACAUUGCUCAACCAGUCGAGUAUGUCGCGCUCAAACGAGGCAAGUCUUCCGAGAAGCAAGGCUGA